UUUCUUUCUGAGCUCGGAGUUUUCCUGCCUCGUUCCGGCCUUUGCCUUCUCUGCUGCGUCUUUGUUUCCUUCCGCUCCCUACUGUUCCGAUUCCUGUGAUCGCUGCCUUCUGGCCAUUACUGGAGCAGCCGACCCGCAGGAGCUUUGUUAGCGUUGUUCCCGAAGAGGCGGAUUUCGGAGCUAGCAGAGCUUUGUCGGAACCUGUAACAGAGGAGAGGACGUGGAGUUCGUGUUAGGCUGGAUUUGUUGCUCGGGAGUGGCGGACUGCAACUAACAUCAUGGCGACAAGAGCCCGGGCUGAUAAUUACGACUAUCUCAUCAAGCUGUUGCUGAUCGGUGACAGUGGGGUUGGAAAGUCUUGCCUCCUCCUCCGAUUUUCAGAUGAUUCUUUCACCACAAGUUUCAUCACCACGAUUGGUAUUGACUUCAAAAUCCGGACCAUCGAACUGGAUAACAAGCGCAUCAAACUUCAGAUAUGGGACACUGCUGGACAAGAACGAUUCCGUACAAUCACAACAGCAUAUUACAGAGGAGCAAUGGGGAUUUUGCUGGUCUACGAUGUGACAGACGAAUCUUCCUUCAACAAUAUUCGGAACUGGAUCAGGAACAUAGAACAACAUGCAUCUGACAACGUUAAUAAGAUCCUGGUGGGAAACAAGGCUGAUAUGGACCCGAGCAAAAGAGCUGUCCCUUUUGCCAAAGGUCAGGCUCUAGCUGAUGAGUACGGCAUCAAGUUUUUUGAAACUAGUGCCAAAACAAACAUGAACGUAGAGGACGUUUUCUUCACGAUUGCCAGGGACAUCAAAACAAGGCUAGCUGAGAGCGAUUCCAAGCCAGAGGCCAAGAAUGCUGGAGGCAAGCCAGACGUCACGCUUAAGUCAGGGGGCGCACAACCAAAGCCAGCAUCUGGCUCUUGCUGCUCAUAGGUGAGCGGCCCAUGUUGGGACAUUGUUCUGAGCUCUUAGAUCCUUUUCGAGAUAAGAACCCAUUUUUAAUGCCUUGGGCUGGCGCCAUGAAACUGCAGCUGGUAUGCUUUGGAAUUGAUUCUUGGGUCAGGAUUAUAAGCUGGAUGUCCCGGCGCUGCAACUGAAGAUUGUUGGGACCAUUUAGGAGGCCACAUGGUACUGAAGCAUUAUGCUAGCUUCCCUUCACCAAUUUUUUGAAGCAACAUUGCACAAGGUUUUAGCUUUCUCAAAGCUCUUGCAGAAUGCGACGCUCUCGCCUGAGAUGGUUCUCUGCGAAGGAAUGUAUGCUAACUCUCUCCAAUUGACUAUUUUAGGUAUAUUUGAAUAGAACUCACUUUCUUAGUCUCAUUAAAGAACGACAUGCUUAUGCCACGUUCUUCUAAAGUACUUGGACUGUGUAACAUCACCUGGUAUUGGGAUUUUGGAGUAGGGAGGUAACAAGCAAUGUCAGCAAAGUCCAUGAAACUUCCAGGAUUGUAAUUAUUGAUGGUUUUUUAAAUCUAACUCUUCAAUUCCUAGAUAUUCUCAUUUAA